GUAAUCGAACGUUUGGACAAAUUUCUCUGAUCCAAAAAAAUGAGCCAAGAACAGCCGAGGAGGCCCGUCGAGGAUGAGCAGCAGGGGGGUGACCAAUACGGCGACUCUUAUCUCGAGCUCGCGGCGAAGGUGGUGGCUGAUAAGGAUGCAGACUCCGCCGUGCAGAGCCCCGUCGGUCUGAAGCUUAUUAAUGCAGAUGACUUCAGCACUAAGAAGACUGAACAUCCCGGACGGCGAGUUGUUCCCGAGUCAGUCGGCGGACAGGGUACGAGUCAAAAUUCAAGGCAAGUAGAUGAAAAGGAAAGGAAAAUCUGUGAAUUAGCUAAGGUUGUUGUGCAAUACAGCCAGAGAGGUCAUUUGUCAGCACUAAUAACCGGUCAACCUAUUGGCGGUGCUAGCAGUCAAAUCACCAUCGGCGAAGCCUUGGAGGCGACCGCCAUGACGGCUGGACAGAAGCCGGUGGAGUGGAGUGAUGCGGCCGCAAUUCAAGCCGCCGAGGUUAGAGCCACUGGCCGAACCAACAUUGUACCCGGUGGUGUCGCUGCCGCAGCUCAAUCGGCGGCAACUCUCAAUGCUAGGGCUACGCGUGACGAGGACAAGACAAAACUUGCUGAUAUCCUUGCGGAUGCAACUUCAAAAUUACCGGCAGACAAACCGGCGACACGAAGGGAUGCUGAGGGGGUGACGGGUGCAGAAAUGCGAAAUGAUCCAUAUCUGACCACCCAUCCCACCGGUGUGGCAGCUUCGGUGGCUGCCGCUGCUAGGCUCAACCAGGGUAAUAGCAUUGAAGGAACAAAAUAG